AUGUCCGGGAAUAUAGGAAUGGAACAAUUGAUUCCAAUUGUGAAUAAGCUCCAAGAUGCUUUUACGCAACUUGGAGUUCAUAUGCAAUUGGAUCUGCCCCAAAUCGCUGUUGUGGGUGGUCAAUCUGCAGGAAAAAGUUCCGUACUAGAAAAUUUUGUUGGCAGAGAUUUCUUGCCUAGAGGAUCUGGUAUUGUCACUAGAAGACCUUUGAUUCUGCAACUAAUACAUGGAAAUGCAGAAUAUGCUGAGUUCCUGCAUUGCAAGGGCAAGAAAUUUGUUGACUUCAAUGAAGUCCGAGCUGAAAUUGAGGCAGAGACUGAUCGUAUCACAGGAUCAAACAAAGGAAUAUCACCUGUGCCUAUUAACUUACGAGUGUACUCACCAAAUGUUCUCAACCUGACAUUAAUCGAUCUGCCCGGGCUUACAAAGGUGCCCAUCGGAGACCAGCCAAUCGACAUAGAGCAGCAGAUUAAAGCCAUGAUAUUCCAGUUCAUCAAACGAGAGAGCUGUCUUAUUUUAGCUGUGACCCCAGCUAACACUGACUUGGCGAACAGCGAUGCCCUCAAACUUGCCAAAGAAGUGGACCCUCAAGGUCUGCGCACAAUCGGUGUAAUAACAAAACUGGAUCUCAUGGACGAAGGAACCGACGCCAGAGAUGUCCUUGAAAACAAGUUGCUGCCUCUUCGUCGUGGAUACAUCGGUGUGGUCAACCGCUCGCAAAAGGACAUCGACGGCCGAAAGGAUAUUUCUGCCGCAUUGGGAGCAGAAAGGAAGUUCUUCCUUAGCCACCCAUCAUACCGCCACCUGGCAGAUCGCCUAGGAACACCUUACCUCCAGCGGGUUCUUAACCAGCAGUUAACUAACCACAUUCGUGACACUCUACCCGGCCUUCGGGACAAGUUGCAAAAGCAAUUACUAGCUUUGGAAAAGGAUGUAGAACAGUACAAGCAUUUCAGACCUGAUGACCCGUCCAUUAAGACCAAGGCUAUGCUGCAAAUGAUCCAGCAGCUUCAGACAGACUUCGAGAGAACUAUUGAAGGUUCGGGUUCAGCUCAGAUCAAUACAAAUGAGUUAUCUGGUGGUGCCAAGAUUAACCGUCUCUUCCACGAACGAUUUCCCUUUGAGAUUGUCAAAAUGGAAUUCGAUGAGAAAGAGUUGCGUAGGGAGAUAGCAUUUGCUAUAAGAAAUAUUCAUGGUAUCAGGGUGGGUCUAUUUACUCCGGACAUGGCAUUUGAGGCUAUUGUGAAGAAACAAAUCUCUCGAUUGAAGGAGCCCUCGCUCAAGUGUGUGGAUCUGGUCGUACAGGAAUUGUCUAAUGUCGUCCGUGUUUGUACUGAAAGGAUGUCUCGUUACCCGCGUCUCCGUGAAGAGACCGAACGUAUAAUAAUGUCCCACGUUCGAUCCCGUGAACAACAAUGCAAAGAUCAACUUGUCCUACUUAUCGAUUGUGAGCUGGCUUACAUGAACACCAAUCAUGAGGACUUUAUUGGAUUUGCCAACGCACAAAAUCAAUCUGAGAAUGCGGCCAAGUCUGGUCACCGGGCGCUCGGUAAUCAGGUUAUUAGAAAAGGAUACAUGUGUAUACACAAUUUGGGAAUUAUGAAAGGUGGUUCCCGGGACUACUGGUUCGUUCUUACAUCGGAAAGCAUCUCCUGGUUCAAAGAUGAGGAGGAACGCGAGAAGAAGUAUAUGCUUCCGCUGGACGGACUCAAGCUGAGAGACCUGGAGCAAGGUUUCAUGUCCCGGCGACACAUGUUUGCGCUCUUCAACCCUGAAGGAAGGAAUGUUUACAAGGAUUAUAAACAACUCGAGUUAUCGUGUGAAACGCAAGAUGACGUAGACUCUUGGAAGGCGUCUUUCCUCAGAGCCGGUGUCUACCCAGAGAAGACCUCGGAAGCCGCUAACGGGGAAGAGAAUUCAGAUUCGAGUGGUACAAGCAGCAUGGACCCUCAAUUGGAGAGGCAAGUGGAGACAAUCAGAAACCUGGUUGAUUCCUACAUGCGUAUAGUGACAAAGACGACAAGGGACCUCGUGCCGAAGACAAUCAUGAUGAUGAUCAUUAAUAAUGCCAAAGACUUCAUUAAUGGGGAGCUGCUCGCACAUUUAUACGCGUCUGGUGACCAGUCACAAAUGAUGGAAGAAUCCCCCGAAGAGGCCCUAAAACGCGAGGAGAUGCUGCGUAUGUACCAUGCGUGCAAGGAAGCAUUAAGGAUCAUUGGGGACGUCUCUAUGGCAACUGUGAGCACACCUGUUCCUCCACCCGUCAAGAACGACUGGUUAGAGAGCAGACUGGACUCGAACCCGCGGCUUUCACCUCCAUCGCCAGGUGGACCAAGGCGUGCUGCGCCGCAGCAACAGAGUUCGUUAGGCCAGCGUGGCGCUCCGCCCCCACCAGCCGGAGGCACGGGUAGGCCUGCGCCACCUCUGCCUUCUCGACCAGGAGGCUCCGCCCCACCGCCACCUGGUGGCCGCCCCGCUCCGGGGGGUGGCUUGCCCGCACCACUUAUUCCCACGCGUCCGGGGAGUGCGGCAGGCGUCGCAAUGGGCGCUAUGAAUCAAAUGCCGCCACACAUGCGCCAGCAAAUCAACCAAGCAGUGGGACAAGCCGUCACCAACGCCGCUAUCAGCGAAUUAAGUUCAGCCUUCGCGAAAUUCAACCGUCCAGUGCCGAACGUGCCGCCAAAGCUGCCAGAGCGACCGCAGAAUGGGCGGCCAUAUUGA